AGUAAAACUAAAAUUAUAAAAGGAGGACGUGCAGAAAUCUGUGUAGAGCAACAGAUACGUCAUCAAGAGUAACAAGAUCAGAUCUGCUGAAAUGAACCAGGAGGAACGGAGGAUCGUGCUGCUGGGGAAGACUGGUGCUGGGAAGAGCGCAACAGGAAACACCAUCCUGGGAAGAAAUGUAUUCACAACAGAACGAUCUUUAAGCUCUGUAACACACCACAGUGAAUAUGUAGGGACUCGGGUAGGAGAAAAGUUCAUGCAUGUGGUUGAUACACCAGGAUUCUUUGAUACAAAACUGCCACGAGAUCAGUUAGCAAGGGAGUUGGGCAGGACUGUUUAUCACUCACGACCAGGAGUUCAUGCUUUCAUUCUGGUUUUCAAGUUUGAUAGAAUUACAGAACAGGAAGAAGAAAUAAUUAGAUGCUUACGGGAGUUUUUUGGUGAGAAGGUUACAGAUCAUGUGAUCAUUUUGUUUACUCACGCUGAGGGUGUAAAAGAGGAAAUAAUACAUCAGGAAAUAAGCAGGAAUGAACAUCUAAGAAGGGUUUUAGAUCAGUGUGGAGGAAGAUUUCAGCUCUUUAAUAAUGCAGAACCACAGAACAGACAGCAGGUCACUGAACUUCUGCAGAAGAUAGACAGGAUGGUGCAGCAGAAUAAAGAUAAUCAGAUCUUUACCAAAGCAGAACCACAGAACAGACAGCAGGUGGCUAAGUCUCUACUACAGUUUGACAUCAGAGUGCAGUGGAAUAAAGGAUUCUACACUAAUGAGGUGUAUGAGGAAGCACAAAGCUUGACCUGGGAGGAAUUCUGGGAGAAACACAGAACACUGUUUUACAUUGGAGCUGGUGUUCUAGCUGUAGCAGCAGUAGGUGUAGCCGUAGCAUUGGGAUAUGUGACACUCGGAAAUGGUCUGGGACUAAUUGGGCUGAUGUCACUAUGGUUCAGGAAAAUGAUUAGGGUGGAAUCUGAUUUCAUGUGUGGAAGUAGCUGUAGGAGUUGAAGCCAGUGGUAAAAGCAGAAUGUUAUAGAUGCUUUUAAUUAAAUUUAAAAUGAAAUAACUCAGAGCUGCACAACAAAAGUGUAAAA